GGAAGUAGUUUAUCUUGUUGCAAAACAAUGAUGUUGCUUUCAGAGAGCUCCAUGUGAGGGUGAGUGAAAAGUCCCUUUAAAAAAAAAAAAGGCGAAAUACAGUAUUGUGCAUCUUGAAACCUGAAACCAAGAAACUGAAGUGCAGGGAAUACAAGGGGGAAAAAGUCUUGCAAAUUCUGAGGACAACUGCAGCAAGUGGAGUUUUGAGGAGUGAAAUCUAUUUAUAUCUUCAAAAGUCAUUGAAUGGCUCUUUUGGAGAAAGCUGUGAAAUAAGGGAGUUUUGGAAGAAGACGACUUUUUUCUUCUCCCCUUUUCUGGAUAUAAUGGCUAUUGCAAAGCAAAAAGCCUGGAGAUUUGGCUUCAAAUGUUUCUUCUUUGCAACCUUUAUGUUAGCCUGUGAUGGACAAGGUGGAAAUAGAGAGAAUGGUGGCCCUGCAUGUUAUGGAGGAUUUGAUUUGUACUUCAUUUUAGACAAAUCAGGAAGUGUCCUGCACCACUGGAAUGAAAUCUUUUAUUUUGUGGAGCAUCUGGCCGACAAAUUCAUAAGCCCCCAGCUGAGGAUGUCCUUUAUUGUUUUCUCAACAAGAGGCUCCACUCUUAUGAGGUUAACUGAAGACAGGGACCAGAUACGGCAAGGCCUAGAAGAGCUGCAGAAGGUUCUGCCAGGGGGUGACACUUACAUGCACGAAGGAUUUGAAAGGGCAAGUGAACAGAUUUACUAUGAAAAUGUUCUAGGUUACAGAACUGCAAGCGUCAUCAUUGCGCUAACAGAUGGUGAACUCCAUGAGGAUCUCUUCUUUUACGCAGAACGAGAGGCUAAUCGAUCAAGGGACCUGGGAGCAACAGUGUACUGUGUUGGAGUCAAAGAUUUCAAUGAAACUCAGCUGGCUCGAAUUGCUGACAGCAAGGAUCAUGUCUUUCCUGUGAAUGAUGGAUUUGAAGCACUGCAAGGGAUCAUAGACUCUAUUUUGAAGAAAUCCUGCAUUGAGAUUCUUGCUGCAGAGCCUUCCAGUAUAUGUGCAGGAGAAUCGUUCCAAGUUGUGGUGAGAGGGAAUGGAUUUCGACAUGCCCGUAAUGUUGACAGAGUCCUCUGCAGCUUCAAGAUCAAUGACACAGUUACUUUCAAUGAGAAACCUUUUGUGGUGGAAGAUACAUAUUUGCUCUGCCCGGCACCUGUGUUACAAGAAGUUGGAAUGGAGGCAGCUCUGCAGGUGAGCAUGAAUGAUGGCCUCAGUUUCAUCUCAAGCUCUGUCAUCAUCUCCAGCACACACUGUUCUGAUGGGACCAUCCUGGCCAUUGCCCUACUGAUCCUUUUCCUCUUGCUGGCACUGGCUCUCCUCUGGUGGUUCUGGCCUCUUUGCUGCACAGUGAUAAUCAAAGAGCCUCCUCCGCCCCCUGCUAGUGACAGCGAGGAAGAAGAUGAUGACGGUCUUCCUAAGAAGAAGUGGCCAACAGUAGAUGCAUCUUAUUAUGGUGGGCGAGGUGUUGGGGGCAUUAAAAGAAUGGAGGUUCGCUGGGGAGAAAAGGGCUCCACAGAAGAAGGGGCAAAGUUAGAGAAAGCCAAGAAUGCUCGAGUCAAAAUGCCAGAACAAGAGUAUGAAUUCCCAGAGCCCAGGAACCUUGGGAACAGCAUGCGCAGGCCCUCUUCCCCCCGGAAAUGGUACUCACCAAUCAAGGGAAAACUGGAUGCCCUGUGGGUACUGCUGCGGAAAGGUUAUGACCGUGUGUCUGUGAUGCGCCCUAAGCCAGGUGACAAGGGCCGCUGCAUCAAUUUUACCCGAGUCAAGAACGCAGAAGCCCCACCGAAAUACCCACUCAACAACACCUACCCCCACUCCUCUCCACCCUCUGCCCCAAUAUACAACCCUCCACCCCCCGCCCCAGCAAAGCAACUAGGCAUGCAGGUGAAACAACAAAGGCAUGUUCUAACAUAUUAUCUCCAAUUUUCGUGA